AACUCUCACAGCCCUGCGGUUUCGAAGCCGGUUUCGAAGGAGGCGGAACAGUUGCAGAGGUUCAAGACCGAGAUCGUAUGGAGAAAUGUGGCCAUAUUCGCGAUUCUGCACAGCAUGGCGCUCUACGGCAUGUACGUGGCCCUCUACCAAGCCAUGUGGAAAACAUGGAUCUUCGCGUAUUUCUGGGGCACAUUUGCGGGCUUGGGAGUCACGGCCGGUGCCCACAGACUCUGGUCCCACAGAGCGUACAGGGCUCGCUUCCCCCUCAGGAUGGCGCUCAUGGUCUUCAACUGCAUGGCCUGCCAGAACGACCUGUACGAGUGGACGAGGGAUCACCGGGUCCACCACAAGUUCUCCGAGACCCACGCGGAUCCGCACAAUGUGAACCGAGGCUUCUUCUUUGCCCACAUGGGCUGGCUCAUGUGCAAGAAGCACCCCGACGUGAUGCGCAAGGGCAAGGCCGUCGACUGCUCUGACCUGCUCAGGGACCCCGUCAUUCGGUUCCAGAAAAAGUACUACGUGCCCCUGACGACUUUCUUCUGUUUCUACCUGCCCGCCGUGCUACCGCAUUACAUGUUCGGCGAGACCUACUGGAACGCCUUCUUUGUGUCCACCAUGCUACGCUACGUGUUCUCGCUCAACUUCACCUGGCUCGUGAACAGCGCUGCCCACCUGUGGGGAUGCCGCCCGUACGACAAGCACAUCUCGCCAGCCGAGAACAGAUUUGUCUCGUGGGCGGCCAUCGGCGAGGGCUUCCACAACUACCACCACACCUUCCCGUGGGACUACUCAACUAGCGAACUUGGCUGGAAGCUGAACUUCACCACGAUGUUCAUCGACUGCAUGGCCGCGAUCGGACUGGCUUACGACUUGAAGACCGUCCCGAAAGAAGUGAUCGAGAAGAGGAAGACGCGGACUGGAGACGGGAGCUACGACCACCUUCACCUACACUGAGCUCCGCUUUAAGUCUUUGGCAUGAAAAAGUGAUGUCCUCGCGGCGGAUGCACUUGGUGUGAUGUCCACGAAUCAACUGAGACUGAGUCAUGUUCGUGCAGAUGAACCUGGCCAACGUGGGUUUAUGGGGCGGUCCGUUUCGUUUCUUUUUUAUGUGUGCGUGUGAGUGUGCUCAUCUAGGAUGGAGCAAUCGAGUGAUAAGAACGUUCGCUGACGCUCAGAAACCCAGUCAUCUUACUGCAGCAGCGACUCUUAAGAAAAGAAGAAGACAAGGGUCUAGUUGAGUUAUUCCUGUUACAAAGGCUUGAGACUUCAUUGAGGCCUUUUAGCGAAGACCUGCGUCAGAAAGGGCUCAGUUGUGUUUACAGUCAAUGGCAGCUCACGAAACGCAAGGGCGUGAUGAAUCCCGCCCAACUCAUUAUAGAUUCGUUGCCAAUAAGGUUGCUGCAUCCGCCACUGAGAACGCCACAGUACGAAUCACAAAGCAGGGGGGCCGGGCAUGAUAUAAGCCACGCCCAAGGGUUUCUUAAGCUGUCAACGACUUAUAGCUGUCGCGUUUCCCUGAGAAACCUUGAUGAACUGGCCUGAUUGUGGGUGUGUUUUAGUUUAGUUUAGUCUGUAGAUUCUAAUUUCGCUUGGAGUAACGGCGUGGAUUUCCUGUAACACUUUUCUCAUUGUAUCACUGAACUGUCGAGGAAAUGUCGACCUUUUUCUUUAUGAUGCAAUCAAGCGGUCUGUCGAGGUUUCGGGGUGCGCACGACUUGUAUAGAGUCGCUGUGAAUUUAAGAAACGCUGGGUGCGGCAUCGUCGCUCCGCGCUCAAUGAGAGUGAGGCGUCAGCAGAUAGAAACCUAAUAGAAAAACAAAUCACUAAGAAAGAAGCGCGAGCAUGAUAAGCCACACCCUUCGUUUCUUAUAUUGUCAGUUACUAUAGAGCGUGUUAUCGUGGAGGACAAAAAAAGGUACGACUAUGUUGAAACUGCAUCCCGCAAAAAAUUCGGUCUCUUGUCACUGCUAGUGAGAAUUAGCAUCUUUAUAACGUGAUAGCAAUUCCGAAGAAGAAAAAAAAAAUAACUGAUCGUAGUUUGUCUGAAGGCCCGAUUUGAGGCCUUGUGUUAAUUAUUUUCGGCACUUGAACAAUCGCUUUUGUUUUCGUGCCUUUUUCUUGUACAUAUCAAGAUGACUAGGUGAACGAAAUAAAGCAAAUGUUUGUACAGAUA